UGGCUCCCUCCAUAGUGCGGUUCGGUUGACGCAUCACCGCUCAGCCUGUGGUUAUACUGCAAAGCAGCGACGGUUAUUUUUUAUUCACAUGAACAGAAAAUCAUAAACGCAGCUUCUUGCGAAAACGUUGACCGAAAAACGCACUCAAGCAGCAGGCCGAACAUGGAGUCGUAUGAUAUUAUAGCAAACCAGCCGGUCGUGAUUGAUAAUGGGUCUGGAGUUAUUAAGGCUGGCUUUGCUGGAGAUCAGAUCCCUAAAUACUGUUUCCCAAAUUAUGUGGGGCGACCCAAGCAUGUUCGGGUGAUGGCUGGUGCCCUUGAGGGCGAUCUCUUCAUUGGACCCAAAGCUGAGGAGCACAGGGGGCUGCUGUCUGUCCGCUAUCCUAUGGAACACGGUAUUGUGAAGGACUGGAAUGACAUGGAGCGCAUCUGGCAGUACGUGUAUUCGAAGGAACAGCUGCAGACCUUCUCGGAGGAGGUACGGAUUUAA